AGGAAACAAUAUUUUCUUCCGAAUCGCCAAAGGCCAAAGAGAGCAUUGGCAGACGCAAGAAAUAUUGCAAAAAUAACAAAAACAAUUUAUUCAACAACAAAAAGAAAGACGGAAAUGUCGUCAAUGUCUGGUUCUAAUCGUCGGAUGAAUCAAAUAUUCAUUCUUUUGUGGAGUCUGAUGACUGUGGCUGCAAACCCGCUGCAAUUGGAUGGAAAGUCAUUCCUGUCCAUUCAGAGGAAAGACAGUGGCGAGGGACUUCCAGGGGGCUUCCAGGCAGGCAGGCCCUACGACAUAAAGGGCACGAUUUGGCUGAUUGAGGCCCCCGUGGACGCCAAUGAGACGCACGUGCAAUUACCUGCCCCGCGGGAACCGACGGAUGUGCACCAGCCCGAAUACACCCGUGCAGAUUUUCUCAAGGACAACCGAGUCGGGAGAGAAAUUCCGGAAAAACACAAUUCGAAAUUCGACUUCGACAAAGAAGAAAACCACGACGUGGAUCUGGACCAUGACGACCUUCAUCAUCAAGACAAGGGCGCCAAACGCUGGAAAAACCCGGACAUCUCCAAGGCUGCCCACAAAAGGUACAGGCUAUUGAGGAAGACCAUGAUGUCUGAGGUUCUGAGGGAGCUGAACUCCAAGGACUGGACAUUACUCAAGAAGAAAAAUGGUGACCAGGUUCAAAUACUCAAGGAUGGCCUGACAGGACAAGUUUAUCUCAUGACUGGCAUUGUGGAUCUGGAUCCAGAAACCUUGUUCCAUGGACUGGUGGAUGAACCUCUCUCAAUCACAGAAUGGAACCCAGCCAUCAAACAAAUUGAGAUCUUGCAGCACAUCAACAACAGGACUAUGGUAUUCCAUCAAGUCCUGAAUCAAAACUCCGGAGGCCUUUUCAAAGAGCGUGACUUUGUCAACUUGAUCUUCUGGAGAAAGUCCAAGGGGAUAUUCUAUCAAUUCUACGAAUCCGUCGAAUUUCCAGACUUUCCAGAAACUACGUCCUUUGUCAGAGCCGACAAUGGCCCAAGUGGGUUCAUCCUGUCCCCGCACCACAACCCGGCAACCAACCAAGUGCAGACCAAGUACCAGUGGCUCAUGGACGUGGACUUCAAGUUCCAGUGGAUGUUCCAGCGCCUGCUCAAGGGCGUCAUCCCGGGGGUCAUGCUCGAGUACCUGGACAAUGUGCGUGCCAAAGCAGAGUCCCUCAAAAAGGAAGCCCAUCAUCUGCAGCAGGCAGCACAAACAACAGGGAACGUGACUCAUCGCCACGGAAGAUCCGCGUAAUCCCUUUUUAUCCAACCCUACCCCCCCCCCCCCGCCC